AUGGAUGCCAAAGAUUUAAUUGAAAAGUUCCAGGCAUGUCUCACUUGCUCCGUCUGCCUGGGCUACUUCACAGACCCAGUGACUCUCAAGUGUGGCCAUAGCUUUUGCACAGGGUGUCUUAAAGAGUGGAGAGAGGAAGACCAGGAAACAGUAACCUGCCCAGAGUGCAGAGAAGUCAUAAAGGUCAGCAGUAAUGUGGUGACCAGUAGGACUCUGCAGGAUCUGUCCAUCACUGUUGAGAUGCUCAGACCUCAUCUACUAUCUACCUUUGUGGGCCUGACCGCCUGUGAGCAGCAUAAAGAAAAGGAGAAGCUCUUCUGUGAGGAAGACCGCAGAACCCUCUGUGACUCCUGUUCAUUAGCCCCAGAGCACCAGGAUCACCAAGUCUUGCCCUUGGAGGAAGCUGUUGCCAAAUGCAAGAAGAAGCUCCAGGAAACAAAAAAUCUCUUAGACAAAAAAUCGAAAAAUGUUAAAGAGUCAUUGGACUGGGCGAUAAGGAGCGAGAAUAGAAGUAAGGAGGACGCAUUUGGUUUUCAACAGUUAAUUAGGGCAGAAUAUGAGAAAAUGCACCAAUUCUUAUGGGAUGAAGAAAUUCUACAAAUGCAAAAGCUGGCCCAGCAAUAUAGAGACAACCUGGUGAAAUUUGGGGAGAACAAGGCCAAAUUGUCACAACAAAGCCAAAAUCUGCAACUAAUGGCAUUCAAAAUAGAGGAGAAUUUGGACAAGGGACCCUUAGAAAUGCUCCAGAAUAUGGAAGUCACCUUGAAAAGGAGUGAGAAGCUGCUACUUCAAGAACCAGAGGUUGCUGUCCCUGACUGGACCACCUUUCCCAUCAUUGGCUUGAGAGAAAUGCUCAUGAGCUUCUACAGGGAUAUAACUCUGGAUCCUGAAACAGCCCAUCCUCAUCUCAUCGUGUCUAAAGAUCUGAAGAGUGUCAAAUAUGGAGACGUCCCCCAGGACCUGCCUGACAACAAAGAAAGAUUUCUCUGUGCUCUUAUAGUACUGGGGUCCCAGACCUUCACCUCAGGCAAACACUACUGGGAAGUGGAGGUGGGGACUAAGACAGAGUGGGAAGUGGGCAUCUGUGAAGAUUCAGUCAGUAGAAAGAUGAAACACUCCUUAUUACCUGAGGAUAUAAGGACCCUAGCAGGCUGCACAUUUGGAAAUGAUUUCUUUCUCUGGAAUUCACAAGGUGGCUAUCGUCGAAGCCCACUUCUACACAAAGUUCAGCUGCUGUAG